AUGUCUUAUCCCGACCAGCGGAGCGACGACGCAUGGCGCGCCGUUCUCAGCCCAGAGCAAUUCCGCAUCCUCCGCGAAAAAGGCACCGAACGUGCAGGUUCCGGCGAAUACGAUUCCCACUACCCCACCGAGGGUGUCUACGGCUGCGCCGGGUGUAAUGCGCCGUUAUACAAGGCCUCGCACAAAUUCAAAUCCGGAUGCGGCUGGCCGGCGUAUUUCGAUUCUCUUCCCGGUGCGGUGACGAGACACACUGAUAGCUCGUUUGGCAUGGAACGGACGGAAAUCGUGUGCAGCAACUGUGGAGGUCAUUUGGGACAUGUUUUCAAGGGCGAGGGGUUCCCGACGCCGACGGAUGAGAGGCACUGCGUGAAUAGCGUUAGUCUGCGGUUCCAGGAGGAUGGAGGUGAGCCGAAGUCAAAGGCAUGA